AUGGGGUUUGUUUGUUUGGGAGGUGUGGGGGGGGGGGGGGUGUGGGGGGGGGGGGGGGGGGGGGGGGGGGGGGGGGGGGGGGGGGGGGGGGGGGGGGGGGGGGGGGGGGGGGGGGGGGGGGGGGGGGGGGGGGGGGGGGGGGGGGGGGGGGGGGGGGGGGGGGGGGGGGGGGGGGGGGGGGGGGGGGGGGGGGGGGGGGGGGGGGGGGGGGGGGGGGGGGGGGGGGGGGGGGGGGGGGGGGGGGGGGGGGGGGGGGGGGGGGGGGGGGGGGGGGGGGGGGGGGGGGGGGGGGGGGGGGGGGGGGGGGGGGGGGGGGGGGGGGGGGGGGGGGGGGGGGGGGGGGGGGGGGGGGGGGGGGGGUAUGAGUUUGUGUGUGGUUGGUGUUGUUAG